AUGCCCCGGCCACCGACAGUGGUUUGCUACAUAUGUCACCGCGAAUUCGGCACGGCGUCAAUUGGAAUCCACGAGAAAUCAUGUCUCAAGAAAUGGCACGAUGAGAACAACAAACUGCCGAAAUCAGAACGCCAACCAGAACCAGUUAAACCCUCCGGAUUUCCGGGAGACCCCGCGUCUUCGGGUGCAGCUGGUGGGUUCGAAGACAAUCGCACAACCAAAACCACCGGCAACGACCCUAACAUUGAGGCCUACAACGCCGCAGCUGCACAAACAAACCUCGUAGCCUGCGCCAAAUGUGGCCGAAAAUUUGCCGCAGAUCGAGUUAAAGCACACCAAGCCCACUGCAAGCCUCCUCCACCGAAACGGCACACCUACGAGGCGCGAAAGCCCGAUGUGGACUUGAAGCUCUUGCAAACACCGCUCAGUGGAAAGUCGAACGUGCCGGGGCCAGGUCCAUCGACGGGCGGUCUGAUCGCUUGCAAGGUGUGCGGACGCACGUUUGCGCCAGACCGGAUCGAGCGUCAUCAGGCGGGUUGCCGAGCGACGCCCGUCAAACAGCAAGCCUCCACAUCGAAGACCGCAGGCCGAAGGCGGACGAUCACCUCGAUUGUCCGACCACAAGUUGAGCCAAGUUGUCCGGGCUGCCAGGCCAAAGUUGGGGUGGGAGACAAGUUCUGUCCGCAGUGCGGAAAUCCAAUUCCGCUCAUGUGUUUGCAAUGCGGAAUGACAUUCGCCGACGGCGCCAGGUUUUGCUCUAAUUGCGGCCAACCCGCUCAAGCAAAUAGAAACAACCUCAAAGUAAGGAAGAAACCGUUCUCUGUACUAUACCACCUCCUCUCACGCAGCCGCUCAGCUCACAAUCAUCCUACCGCCCGUGGUUUUAACCUUGGAGUCAGGUUGGCAGCUGUGCUGCACGAAAAACGAGGCCUGCGCAAAAUGUUCGCGCGAGACCAACCGAAAGGACAAGAUGGCCUUGUUGAAAUACCACCAAAAGACUGCGUUGCGGUGUACAAGGUGGAAGGGCCGGGAACCACUGUUCAGUCUUGA